AUGGGCAGAGGCACAUCUACCUCCGCGACCGCGCGACCAAUCUUCAUAAUCCUAGGCAAUGCAAAGCUCAAAUUACUCGCUGUAUUCCUAUCAAUCUCGACCAUCCUCCUGCUCACAUUAUACUCAAGCGGGAUAUCAGACACCGUUUCGCGGCGCGCAGAAGACAAGACCGCAAAUGAGAAGGACUACUGGACAUGGGAAACGAGCACCCAGUUUCGAAAACCCUUGUACAGCAAUAAUAGCAUCGAUAAUGCAAGCUCGACAAAUGCCUGCGACAAUUUCCCAUCAAACAUCCUCUCGCGUAUCCAGAUUAUCCUAAAGACCAGCGCAACCGAACCCCAAAACCGAGUCGACACGCACAUGGCCUCUGUGACACGCUGUAUUUCCAAUUUACUAGUUAUAUCCGACAAAGAAACCGAACUUAAUGGCCACCAUGUGCACGACGUUCUAGCGGAUCUGCCCCUCUCGGCCCGGAAGCAGAUUCCGGAGUUCGAGGCGUAUGAUGCCCUGCAACGCGGGGAUACCAAUAUCAGUGGUUCAGCGGGCUGGCAGCUCGACCGGUUCAAGUUCCUGCCGAUGGUGGAACGAGCGAAGAAAACCAAUCCCGAUGCAGAGUGGUACGUCUUCCUCGAGACUGAUACAUACUUUGUGUGGGAUAAUCUGUUCCGUCUGCUCGAGCAGUUCGAUCACUCUGUACCUCUCUAUAUGGGCUCACCUGCGCCGGGCCGCGGACUUGGGGAUGGAAAGGUCAAUUGGUUUGCCUAUGGUGGUGCAGGCUUUGUGCUCUCCAGGGCUGCGGUCGAUACAUUGACGGCGCGGGAGGUUGGUCGUUACGGGCAGUUUGUUGGGCCGUCGCUCAGUGAGCAGUACAUGCAGGCCGUGAAAGAUGACUGUUGCGGUGACUCGGUGCUCGGGUUUGCUCUAUAUGAGAAGGGUAUCUUGUUGUCGGGCAUGUGGCCGAUGUUCAAUGCGCACCCGCUACACUCGAUUCCCUUCGGGGACGAGCAUCACUGGUGUCAGCCUGCUAUCAGCAUGCACAAGUCGCAAUUGGAUGAUAUGACGGGGCUGACAGACUGGGAGAAUGAGCGUGAUCGAACGAAACCAUUAUUGUACGCAGACCUGGUUGAUUAUCACCGCUUGGGAGAGUUGCCAGAACGUCGCGGAUGGGAUAACGGGGCCUGGGGUGGCAUUAUUGAACAACCUGAGACUCUGCCCCAGCAUGAGUCACUAGAGGCCUGUCGUCAGGCAUGCCAUGACCGGGAUUGGUGUAUGGCGUACACUUAUGAUACCGCUGGUGCUUGUGUCUUUGUCCGGACUUUACGACUUGGGUCGCCGAGUAAGCUGGAGAUCGCUGAUCAGUUCACGGCUGGGUGGGAUAACGACAAGAUACGGAAAUGGCGCGAGAACAACACUUGUGAAGAACCCAGAUGGAUGAAGCCGAGUUUGACCAGGAUUUUUUGA